AUGUCCGGUGCGAUAGUUUUAUCCGAAAAUCGUGUAAUUUAUGAUGGAAGUUUAGUGGAUAUUUCUAUUGAUGAUUUAGCAAUUAUUAAUCAUACUUUGUACGAGGUUGAAGUACCAACGUUUUAUCAAAACGAGGACAACGAAAUAGAGGACUCCAGAAACAACAAAUUGAAGCCUGAGAUUUUUUUAAAAAACUAUCAAACUCUUGUAGAAACUGCUAUUAGGAAAAAACUUCAAAAUAUGACUGGAGUUCAAAAAAAUUUCAAGAGAGAACAAAGAAAUGUCAAGGAAGAACAAAUAAAUGUUGAAAAAGUGCAAGACGAUGACGUAAUAAUAGAUACAGUGGAAAAUCAAGAUUGUUUUUUGAGAAUGUUUUUUUAUCAAGCAUUGCUAGUGUACGCUUUUGUCACCAGUGCCCUAUCCCUUCUAAACACCUGCCAAAUAUGCAAAAACUGCUCAAAUGAACCUCCACAUGAAAAACCUGCUACUGAAGCCACUGAAAAAUCUGAAAACCCAUCGGAAACAUUUGGAGAAAAAAUUGCGGAGGACAAUACCAGUGAGGAUUCUAGUCAGAAUGCUGCUCCUGUAGGGCCUUUGUUUGACGAUGACAGUAUUGGAAGCUCUACGCUCAAUUUAGAAGUAUUUUCAGUUAAAAAUACUGCACACGUGGAGCAAUGUAAGCCUUGUUCUGAACCAAUGAGCUUAAGACAAGAGAGUCCAUUUUUAACAGCAAGUAAAUGCGUUACAAUGUUGAUAUUGCCAAUAAUUUUGACACUGAUUUUAUAUUUUUUAAUGAAAAACACUUACAUUGACAAUACCAAACAAGACAACUCCUUUAAUUAUCUGCCAAGCCUGAACAAUACCUCACCAAACAUUCAAACAGCAAACUACAUUACAAAUUUCAAUGAGAAUAUGGAAAAUAGCACAAACCAACAAGAAAUAAAUUAUAUUUUAAAACACGUAUAUUCAGUACUUACUGAAUUUCAAGAAAACAAUACUGACAUAAAAACACAUUCAAUUAGAGGCCACUAUUCAUAUAAAUCUAGUACCAAUAAAGGAAAUUCCACACAAGAAUGUUUCAAUAAUGACACUGAUUUAAAGACUUUUAAUUUUAGUGUUUUUAUUUUAUUAUUUUUUGCUGUAAUCUUCUAUUCUAAGCUUUCAGAAACAAAAUUAUCAUCCACAAACAGCCUAAACAAUAAUUUGAACAAAUGCUUAAUGGCCUUUUUGGUUACAUGGACACCAAGUGUAAUCGAUAUGGUUGUUUCAAGAAUCCUAACUACACGUCAACCAAAUAUUUUUUCAACACUACUAUUAUUAUUUGGCAAUAUGGACAAAUUAUUUUCAGUGAAUGAAAACAUUAAACUCUUCAAACAUUUCAUUAAACCUAAUAAUAAAAUAAACAUUUAACGCUUACCGUUUAAAAUAAGGAUAUAGCUUGGGUAAAAUAUUAUCACCAGCAGUAUCUCUGCGUCCUGUUAAAGGCAAACUUAAUAGCACUUUACUCCAUAUUUCUAGAAGUUGUGUACUGAAAUAUUCCAAAGAUAGGUGGGGCAAUAAUCUUAGUAAAAGCAUCUGAAACAAAUCAUAUAUUAUUUAUAAACACUAGGAAUGUCGUUUUAUUUCUUACCUUUCCUUUCCUUAUAUUCAAAAAACUAGCAAACUUGUCCUCUUGAACAAAACCAUUGCAAAUUUUUACAAUGUAGUCAUGUUGGUUUUCCACUAUUGGCUCACUUUCAAGUUUGAAUAGUUUAAGGAUUUCUUGCUUUUGUUCAGGAGUGGGAGCUUGUUCCAAUUCCCUUAAUCUCUGCUUUUGUUUCAUUUCUCGAUGUUUUUCCAUGUUACUAAUAAACAAUGGAUUUUUGAUGUCUUCGGCUCGUAAAAGUAAAGAAUACAGAGAUUCUAAUUCAAGCAAAUACUGCUUAGUUUUUCUUGAAUCUUUUGCAGGAGGAGGUAUGUCUUGGUCCUUUUCUGGCUGUACAAUGUCCAUGUCUAUGAUCUUUCUUGGAGCUGUUACAGAACCACA